AUGUCGCUGACCAACACAAAGACCGGAUUUUCGGUCAAGGACAUCUUGGACCUACCGGACACUAACGACGAGGAGGGCUCGGUGGCCGAGGGGCCGGAGGAGGAGAACGAGGGGCCGGAGCCCGCCAAGAGGGCUGGGCCUCUGGGGCAGGGCGCCCUGGACGCGGUGCAGAGCCUGCCCCUGAAGAGCCCCUUCUACGACAGCAGCGACAACCCGUACACGCGCUGGCUGGCCAGCACCGAGGGCCUGCAGUACUCCCUGCAUGGACUGGCGGCCGGAGCGCCCCCUCAAGACUCCAGCGCCAAGUCCCCAGAGCCCUCGGCAGACGAGUCACCGGACAAUGACAAGGAGACCCCGGGCAGCGGAGGGGAUGCGGGCAAGAAGCGGAAGCGGCGCGUACUGUUCUCCAAGGCGCAGACCUAUGAGCUCGAGCGGCGCUUCCGGCAGCAGCGGUACCUGUCCGCGCCAGAGCGCGAGCACCUAGCCAGCCUCAUCCGCCUGACUCCCACGCAGGUCAAGAUCUGGUUCCAGAACCACCGCUACAAGAUGAAGCGCGCUCGGGCCGAGAAAGGUAUGGAGGUGACACCCCUGCCCUCGCCGCGCCGGGUGGCGGUGCCCGUCUUGGUCAGGGACGGCAAACCGUGCCAUGCGCUCAAAGCCCAGGACCUGGCCGCCGCCACCUUCCAGGCGGGCAUCCCCUUUUCGGCCUACAGCGCGCAGUCGCUGCAGCACAUGCAGUACAACGCCCAGUACAGCUCGGCCAGCACUCCCCAGUACCCUACAGCACACCCGCUGGUCCAGGCCCAGCAGUGGACUUGGUGAGCACCGCCCCUGAGACUCGCGGCCCACGCCAGGCUCACCCCGGCGGCGGCGAGGAGGACUCCGGUCCUUGGUGGUUACUAUUAUUAUUAUAUUAUUAUCGGAGAAUCGUCUCCUCUCGACUCCCUUGACGAGGCGCCGCUGGGAGGUUCCAUCCACCGACUCCCCUGUCUCUCCUUUGAACCUUUGGAGGGGGUUGAACUCUGAGCCUGUUUACAGACGUGUUUGCGCAGCUUCGCUUCGUGCCUCUCUCUGGGGGCACCAAACCACCCCAGCGUUAACGUCCUCACUUGAAAAGGAGAAAAAGACCAACCCUUCACCCGCUUUCGUGAAUUUUGUAAAAUAUGUUUGUGUGAGUAGCGAUAUUGUCAGCCGUCUUCUAAAGAAAGUGGAGAACACUUUAAAAAUAUAGAGAAUUUCUUCUUUUUUAAUGAGAAAAUGCUAAAUAUUUAUGGCAAUGUAAACGUUCCGACUACUGGUGGCAGAUUUCGCUUUGGGUUGUAAAUAUCGGUGGUGAAUGUUGCCAAAAUGACCUUCAGGAUGGGCCUUGUUUCCCCUCCGGGCCUAACUCUCUGCUUUGUCGUUUCUUUUGGUUUGGUUAUGUUUGGGUUACCCCCGUUUUCUUCUUUUUUUAUUUUGUUCAGUGCAAACUAUUUUCAAAUAUGAAAAAGGAAAAAAUGUGUAGGCCAGAAGCCCCCGACCCGCGCCCCAUUUUCUGGGACCUGAGGCCGGAACUUGGAGCUCAGCCAUUCCGCGCGGUUCCCCAAGAGCGCCGGGCGCCGAAAGCUUUCGAUUUUUUAAAUAAGAAUUUUA